AUGUCGAUGAUAUUAUCCACACUUCGACCAGACAUCAGAGUUGUGAGGACAAAGAAUAAGAUGCAUCACUUCAGUAAUACAAUACUUCCUUUGCUGUUCGUUCGGUUAAACCAAAGUUCUCAUCAUGAGCUUUGUGAGAAUCCCAAUCCUCUGGAAGAGUGA